AUGCAAAAUAUUGCAGUAAAAAUGAUGCACAAUCUUCUGUCAUUUGCCUGUUGGUUAUGUCUUGCUGCUACCUUAGUCCAAGGAUCAACUGAGAAUGAAAGAAAGCCAUAUAUUGUGUACAUGGGAGAAGCGCCACAUCAUGAAGCCAGGAUUUCCGUCAUGGAUACACAUCAUAAUCUGCUUUUGAAGGCAGUUGGAGAUGAGAAUAUAGCCAGAGAAUCCAAAAUAUAUAGCUAUGGAAAGAGCAUCAAUGCGUUUGCUGCAAGGCUUUUGCCAGAUGAAGCAAAGAGACUAUCAGGUGUAGAUGGUGUUAUAUCAGUAUUUGAAAACACAAGGCGCAAACUUCUUACAACAAGAUCAUGGGAUUUUCUGGGAAUGCAUGAAAAGUUAAAGAAAAGGAACGCCAUUGCAGAAAGCAAUAUCAUAGUUGGUGUAUUGGACACUGGUAUUUGGCCGAAAUCCCCCAGUUUUAAUGAUAAAGGCUAUGGACCUCCACCAGCAAAAUGGAAGGGUAAAUGUGACAAAGGAGCCAACUUCACUGGUUGCAACAACAAAGUCAUUGGUGCAAGGUACUAUCAACUGGACAACACUUAUCCUAUAACGGAGGAUCCGACUCCUGUUGACACCGACGGCCAUGGCACCCAUACUGCCUCCACUGCUGCUGGCAUACCUGUAAAGGACUCCAGCUUGUAUGGAAUAGCCAAAGGAACUGCUCGUGGUGGCGUGCCAUCUGCACGUAUAGCCAUGUACAAAGUUUGCUGGAGUGGCGGAUGCAGUGACAUGGAUUUACUGGCUGCAUAUGAUGAUGCCAUCCACGAUGGAGUGGACAUGAUAUCCAUUUCAAUAGGCGGCCCUUCCAAGGAAUUUUUCCAUGAUCCAAUUGCUAUAGGUGCUUUCCAUGCGAUGAGAAAAGGGAUUUUGACAUCGUGUGCUGGAGGGAACGACGGGCCUAUGCUCGCAACCGUUCAAAAUGUUGCACCGUGGAUCAUGACCGUGGCUGCUAGCAGCAUAGAUAGGCAAUUUACGUCAAAAAUUAAGCUCGGCGAUGGCACAACAACUUCUGGUAACGGAAUCAACACAUUUUCAAUGAAAAACAAGAUGUACCCUUUCACUAACGGAGCUCAUGCAACCAAUCUUACUGGAAAUUACACCUACAGAGAUAUUAGUGCUUGCGAUUACGGCACACUGAGCCAAGACAGGGUAAAGGGAAAGAUUGUGUAUUGCCUAGGGGAGGCGAGUCAGGACUAUACAAUCCAAUUGCUGGGCGGGGCAGGAACCAUAAUGGCUACUGAUGCACCACAAGACUAUUACUUCCUCGCUCUUACACCUGCAGCCACUGUGGUUCGCUCCAAGGAUGGGGAUAAGCUUGAUCGGUAUAUUAACUCUACAAAGAAGCCUCAAGCUGUCAUAUACAAGUCAAGAACUGUUAAAAUGAUUGCUCCCUUUGUGGCUUCUUUCUCUUCCAGAGGACCCCAAUUAGUCAACCGUAACAUUCUCAAGCCCGAUAUUGCUGCUCCAGGACUAAACAUAUUGGCUGCCUACACAAACCUGAGAUCAAUUACAGGAGAACCAAGUGACAAACGCUAUUCUGCGUUUAACUUCAUGUCGGGGACAUCUAUGGCUUGCCCUCAUGCUUCAGCUGCUGCAGCCUAUGUCAAGUCCAUGCACCCAGACUGGUCACCAGCAGCAAUCAAGUCUGCUCUCAUGACUACUGCAACACCCAUGAAAAUCAGAGACAAGUUUGGGGAACUAAGCUCUGGAUCAGGCCAAAUAAAUCCAAUUAGAGCUAUCCAACCUGGCCUCAUCUACGACAUUGACGAGAGAUCUUAUAUUAGCUUCCUUUGCAAAGAAGGGUACAAUAGCACGACCAUUGGCCUACUCAUCGGUGGCAAGCAAAAAUUUGACUGCUCAAGCUUUAAACCUGCACGAGGCACUGACGGGCUCAACUACCCUUCCAUGCACGUCCACCUCAAUAGUAGAGAAUCUAGGAUUUUCGCAGUGUUUUACAGGACUGUGACUCAUGUUGCAUAUGGAAACUCCGAAUUCAAGGCAAAGGUGACGUCUCCGAAGGGACUUUCUAUUACAGUUAUCCCAAACACGUUGAAAUUCAAUAAGACGCAUCAGAAGCAAUCUUUCAAGGUUUUGGUAAAGGGCGGCUUAAUGAAGAAUGGGACAGAGAUCCUGUCGGCUACCCUUGAGUGGAGUAACAAAGAGCACAGUGUUAAGAGCCCUAUUCUUGUCUAUAAAUAA